ACACUUGUAUGUUUAUAUAAAUAAACAACAAAAAAAAACCGCACCCACAUUGCAUGUAUUCGUACUCGCAUGCUCAAUAGUAAUUACAAAAAAAGCCUCAUCUUUUAUCAUUAUCCACCGCACCUACAAAAGCUUAAAAAAAAUAUUUCAUCUAAAUAAUACUCCAAAGAAUGGAUAGAAAAGACCUGAAGACAUCAAAGGAUUAUCAAUGCGCUUGACAUCUAUCAAAGAACUUGGUAUCAUGGUAACUGAUCUCCAACUCUGACAUCAUAUCACCGUUGAGUCACUUGUAUUGUUCACCUGUUAAGAAUGCCCAGUGACCGUACCUGCAAUAUUAAAUUCAAGUGACUCGUUUACUUUUUUAUUCAUCAAUUUAUUUAUUUACUUACUUAAUAUUUAAUUUUUUAAAAAAUGUUCAUUUACUUGUUGAUUACUGGCCUCUGCGGAUGUUUUAUUGACUUAACAUUUGCUGGCGACUAUAUCGGAUGUUUCAAAAGCCCUCAAGAGUCCGAUGAACCUCUGGUGGUAUUAACAAGUCCAAAUGCUCCAGAGGUUUGUAUCCAAGAAUGCCGCAAUCGUUAUUACAGGUUCGCAGGCCUAAUGAAAGGUCAGCAGUGCUACUGCAUGAGUAUUUACGGUCGCAAUGGACCAUCAAGUGGCUGUACCACUCCCUGUAUUGGUGAUGAAAAACUAUUAUGUGGUUCUCACGAUUCCAUAAGUAUCUACAGCACCGGCCAAAAAGUUUCAAGUCCGCCACGGGGACUCAGAGUAAUAGACAGCAAGUCGACAUCACUUGACAUCAUAUGGCAACCACCAGAUAUUACCAAUGGCAACAUAACGUCUUACAUUGUUCGUGCAAUAGCACUUGAAACUCAUGCAUACUAUCCACUUCAACCUAUGCAAUUACAAGUACAAGGUGAAUCAUCUGACAGUACAACUCUAACUAAUUUGCAGCCUGGUACUAAAUAUAAUAUAUCUAUAACAGCAGUCAAUGCUGAUGGUGAAAGCCAGCCAAAUUAUUUGACAGACUGGACUUUUAUCAGUUCACCAGAAAAACCAGAUAGACCUAAAAUAAUAAAACGAGAUGAUAAUAAAAUUUUAAUUGAAUUAACUAAGGGUAGAAGUCAGUAUGGACCUUUGAGUUCUUAUCAAAUAAUUGUCGUCCAUCCUGGGACAAUUCCACCAGAACAAACUGAUAUUAUUUACCCAAAUUAUCAGAAAGCAAUACAAGAUGGUAUUCCAUUUUAUGUAACUGGUGAAUUUGAAGCCGAUGAGUUUGAUAAGUAUCAACAGUUUGUAAUUGGUAAUGGUAAAAAAAUUGGCGGUUAUUAUAAUGCACCGCUGGAAGAACCUUUUGACAGACCACAGAUUGGAGUAGUAUUGAUAUCUCGUGUGCGUAAUGAAAUAAAAUAUAGUUAUUCUGAUCUUGCAGGUCAUGCAUUAGAAUUUAAUGCCGGUUUAAAUGGACUAGCGAUUGGUCUUUAUGUCGCUAUCGCGCUGCUAAGUGUUUUAUUAAUCGUUUCUGUUACUGGUUACUUUAUUUUAAGAAAACGUCAUGAGCAAAUACGCAUGACUAAGCUACCGGAGCAACAAGAGCUGACUCUGCAGGGUCCGAUGUACGAGGUAGAUAAUAUGGCUUACAUACCGGAAGAUAUUCCAGAACGUCCGAAUCAUUAUCAGGAUUUAAAGUCAAAGGUAUGGAGUAUUCCGAAAAAUUUUUUGACCAUCGAGCCGGCAGUUGUACGCCGCGGAAGGUUUGGUAACAUCCACAUGGGAACUGUUCAAGAUAAGGAUGGCAAUUCUUCGAGAGCUUUGAUCCACUCGAUAGCUGACAAAAAUUUACGAGCUUCUGAUAAACGUCACAUGCUGAGAGAUCUUGAUGUCUGCAUAAAAGCCGGAAAUAUGAAUUACCUAGCAAGCUUUGUUGGAAAUUGUGAGACACCUGAUGUACUUUAUGUUGUUCAAGAAGCACCGGCUCAAAAUUUAAAGCUGAGAUUACUUGCUGCCAGAUCGGGUGAUGUUUUUCCAUAUGAAUUUAUUCUCACAAUCGGGUCAUCGAUUGCCACUGGAUUAAAUUAUCUUGAUGCGCAUAAAAUAAUUCAUUCACAUUUGUGUGCACGAAGUAUUGGACUCACUGAUGACCUGGUACCAAAGAUUAUGGGAUUCGGUAUCGGUAAACAUGCUCUAGAAGAUUUAAAACUUGCGCGCUGGACUGCGCCCGAAAGAUUCGGUCAUAAGAAACACAAUCCUGCGGUCGUCUGGUCUUUUGCUGUCGUCGUUUGGGAGAUGAUGAGCAUGGGCGGUACUCCGUACCAUGACUUAGAGGACGAGUGUGACGUCGAAGAAGCUGUUGUUGAAAAAAAUACCCGACUACCUCAGCUACGCGAUAUGCCCGAUCCUCUCUACGAAGUUUUGUUGUCCUGCUGGAAUGAUAAUCCUGACGAGCGUCCGACUUUUGAUGAACUCAGUCGAUUGAAUACAUUGAGCAUUUGUCCCAUCACUGCCAUUACGGAGCCUUACUUACCAGAACUGGAAUUAAAUAACUAAGCAAAUCCUAGUGUUUCCAUUGUGACUUAAAAUUUUUAUGAACAAAAGAACAAUUCUGCAUUUAUAUAUAUAUAAAUAUUUAUAUUAUAUUACACAACUCGUUUUUUACAAGGUCGUAAACUUUAAUGUAUAGUUACCGUUUACAAAAGCUAUUGACGCAAUUUUUAUUAUUUUUAUAUAUAUUUUUCAGCUACUUACGUAUCAUAAAUACGUACAGCUCAACUUUCCGUCCAGAAUUUACUUAAUUUUUUUUUUUUACACUAGUUUUACGUAUUUUUAUUAUUUUAUAAUUAAUGAUAUUAUAGAUUAGAUCUAAUUUAAAAAAUUAGUUUUAUAAUUUUUUACUGUUUCUUUUUUUUUUUGAGAGCAUUCUCAGACAGUGCCCCGCACGAUUUGAAAACAUUCAAUGAACUUGAACUGUCAUAAGAGUAUUAAAAUUUUAUUAAUUAAUUUCAAAAAAUUAAAGCAUUAAUUGAAAAAAAGACAACGCAGUUACAAUUGCGCUAAGAUAUAGAUUUAAAAAAAAAAUACUCACAGUUGUUAUCAAUUAGGAGCUAAACGAAAUUUGCUAAACAAAUUUUAGCCUAAAAAAUGUGACAUUUAAAAUUAUUAUGGUGACUUUACUGAAAUUUACACGGAAAAUACAACAUAAUAGUGGCAAUUCUCAAAGAUAGUACUGACUACUUUCUGUAAAAAGCAAAAUUUCAGACAGUACUGUAUGAACUACUCUCUGGACAGUACUGAGUCUAGAUAGCAUACAGUACCGUCUGAAAUUUUUUUUUUUAUAGAAAGUACUCAGUAAGGUAAGAGACCCAGUACCCGAUCAGGAAACUAGUACCCGAUAACUCAUGUAUUUGUAUAUUUAUAUUCAGUAAAAUUUAGUCAAUAUAGAUAUACAUGAAGUGAUCGGGUACUAGGUCUUUUAUCUUACUAUCCCAGAGAGUAGUCACUAUUAUAUUGUUUUUUCCGAAUUUCGUUUAACUCCUAAUUCACAUCAACUGUAAAUAGUUUUUGGUAAUUGUUGACAAUCACAGCUCCAUCUAUUUUUGGCAAUAAAAUAUCGAAUAAUAUAUUUUUAAACUUUUUUUUUUUUAAUAAUUCUACUCUACGGCGUACUUAAGGAUAUGAAUUCAUAGAUUUCUGAAAAUUUGAUUUUCUAUGAGUAAAUUCCACUUAUAAAUUGCAAAAAUGCACAUUUUUUAAGUUUUUGUUGGAAAUUUUGUAAAAAAAAAUUUUUGCUGGUUAUCGUUCAUUUUUUUUUUUUUUUUCGUAAAAUUUAUAUAACAGUCAAUGAUUUGAAAACAAAAAAAAUAUAUAUAUAUAUAAAUACAUAAAAAUGUUGAUUUUUCAAUUUUUUAUGAUUUUUUGAAUAUUUCACAAUUUACUAUUUUUGGCCAUAAAAAAUCGAAAAAUGAUAAUUGAAAAAAAUUUUCUUGACAAUAUUUUUUUAAAAUGGGAGGGAGGGGCUGUCUAAGAAUGACCUUAGUAAGCGAUCAAGAUUUAUUACUGAGUUUAUUUUAUUUAGAUACUUUGCUUUAACCACCGGAUUUAAAAAGGCUUAUAUAUAAAUCUAGGCAUCCACCGAAGUACAAAUAAAAUUUUAUUAGUAUAUAAAUUAAAAUAAUAAUCUCGCCUGAUGCUUUAGAUCAAAUAAAUUUAUAUAAAAAAUUUAAAAAUUAUAGUAAUGAGAAUUUAUUAAUUAUUAACAAAUAAAUAUUUUAAAUAAAAUCAUUAUUUUUAUUUUAUCAAUAUAUAAUACAUAAUA